CUAGGGCAUUGUUAUAGAAUGGAGGGGCAUGCUCAGAAGCAGAGGCUGUUUCAUGGUGAGGAUCAGGUGAACGGGGAAGAUAGGAUCAGUGCGUUGCCAGAUUCCCUAAUCCAUCAUAUUCUCUCGUUCUUGCCUGCCGAUGAGAUCAUGAAGACCAGUUUGUUGUCGCAGAGGUGGAAGGAUUUAUGGACUUCAGUCCACAGCCUGGACUUCAGUGUGGCUAUUUCGAUGGAAGAAGAAUAUUUCAUGUUUCGAUUUUUGUGCAAAUAUCUGACGAACUACAAGGGUUCUAAAUUGUUCAAGUUUCGUGCUAAUUUCUACUAUAAGGAGGCGAAAGAUUUGUUUGUUGAUUUCUUGCUCUUUUUUGUAAAGAUGCAUAGCAUUGAAGAGCUGGAUUUGCACCUAUCGGCUAGGUUUUGGGAUUAUUUUAAUGGAAGGAAUUUGAAGAAUUAUACUGUUAAAUUACAAAGCUGUCUUUUUGACUGCCGGGAGUUGAGGGUUUUGCGGCUGUCAUGCUUUGAUUUGAAGGAGCACGCCUGUAUCCGUUUUAGAUAUCUUAAAGUGCUUGACUUGAGAUUAGCAAAUUUUGAAUAUUUGGAUACCUCUGGUUGUCCACUUCUUGAAGAUCUGAGGUUGGUAGAUUGCAAUUUUAUGAGUACGUUGAACUUGCAUGCUCCAAAUACAAAGCUCAGGAAUCUGAAGAUAGUUGAUUCCAAUACAGAAUGGGGUGAAGGAGGUCGCAUAAUUCGUGCUCCUCAUGUCCUCUUUAUUGACAUCACGGGUGACUUACGGCCGAGUUAUGAUAUGAAGGAUUUAUCAUCAGUAAUUCGUGUCAGGCUUGAUUUUUCUGAAAUGCUAGAUAUUAUUCAGUCUCCUGAGAGUUAUGAUGCAUUUAUGAUGCUGAUGAAUCUCAUUGUAAAUGUUAGUCAUGCAAAAACUCUGAAGCUCUGUAGGUCUUGCAUUACGGUUUUAAGUUAUGUGAAGGAACUGAAGUGGGAUAUUCCCCAUUUUGCUACAUCAUGCCUUGAAGUGGAAAGCAUAUUCAAUGAACGCGAGCUUGUAGGUCUGGCAAAUAUACUAGGCAGUGCUCCUUGUCUGGAAUUUCUCACAUUAAAUAUCGGUUAUAAGAGCUCAUGGUGCAGCUGGAAGAAGUAUAAAAACUACCCAAGAAGUGAAACUUGGGAGUUGGUUGAGAUUGUUCUUCCGACUUUUUUAUGUACAGUUAAAACUAUUACAAUAAAUAAUUUAUUCAGAAACAUACAUAUUUCUUAUGGAAUUGAAUCGGCCAACACUGUGGAUGAAAUACUGGAAGUUAUAGAUGAAGAAAUCAAGCUGGUGAAGUAUUUACUGAAAAUUUCUAAUAUGCUGAAGAAAAUGGUAAUCAUAAUCAGCCAUGAAACUACAUUGCUAUACUCCACUUCAGAUUUUCUCACAAGCAUUACAAGGAAACUGUUACAUCUCCCUAGGACGUCAUUGAAUGCUGAGAUAAAUGUUUCAUAUGGCAAACCCCAACAAGUUUAAAUUGAUUAUGACGGUUGAACUUCUUGUUUCUCUUGUUUCUUGUACCGAAAAAUAGGUUGGUAGCAUCUACAAAGAUUCUCAUUGCUUUUUGGUUGGCCUUCGGAUUUGUGGGUGAAGCACCCCUUCUCUUUCAUAACAAGCUUGCUAACGUGUUGUUGGAACUUCGAUUGGUCUAAA